GCCGCGUCUCGUGACCCAGGUAACUGGUACCUUGCGCUACGCAUCAUCUGCUCGCAGCCCCCAGACCCGCAGCCUCUGGACCGCGCUGCCGCGCCGACCCCCACCGGCCGGGAUGAGUCAGCUGAGGCUGCUGCCAUCCUGGCUUGGGACACAGGCCUCGAGGCUCCUGGCCCCACAUGGAGUCCAGAGGUUCAGCUGGUGCAGCAGGUCAUCUGGGCCACCAGCUUCCUUCGCAAGCAGCAGAGUUGGAGGUGGUUCCAGUUACAUGGAGGAGAUGUACUUCGCCUGGUUGGAAAACCCCCAGAGUGUCCACAAGUCCUGGGACAACUUCUUCCGGAAAGCCAGUGAGGAAGCCUCUUACAGCCUGGCUCAGCCCCGGCCCCUUUCUGUCGUCUCUGAAAGCAGGCCGGCAGUACCCAGCCGGACCAAGACCAGUAAACUGGUGGAAGAUCACCUGGCCGUGCAGUCCCUGAUCCGGGCCUACCAGAUCCGGGGCCACCAUGUGGCCCAGCUGGACCCCCUGGGCAUUCUGGAUGCAGACCUGGACUCCUUUGUGCCCUCAGACUUAAUCACCACCAUCGAUAAACUGGCCUUCUACGACCUGCGGGAGGCUGACCUGGAUAAGGAGUUCCAGCUGCCCACAACCACUUUUAUUGGAGGCUCCGAAAAUACCCUUUCUCUGCGGGAGAUCAUAAGGCGCCUGGAGAGCACAUACUGCCAGCACAUCGGUCUGGAGUUCAUGUUCAUCAAUGACGUGGAGCAAUGCCAGUGGAUCCGGCAGAAGUUCGAGACCCCGGGUGUGAUGCAGUUCUCCAGUGAGGAGAAGCGGACCCUGCUGGCCCGGCUGGUGCGCUCCAUGAGGUUUGAAGACUUCCUGGCCAGGAAGUGGUCUUCAGAGAAGCGGUUUGGCCUGGAGGGCUGUGAGGUCAUGAUUCCGGCCCUGAAGACCAUCAUCGACAAAUCCAGUGAGAUGGGGAUCGAGAAUGUCAUCCUGGGGAUGCCACACAGGGGAAGGCUGAAUGUGCUGGCCAACGUUAUUCGCAAGGACCUGGAGCAGAUCUUCUGUCAGUUUGAUCCCAAGCUGGAGGCGGCGGAUGAGGGUUCUGGAGAUGUCAAAUAUCACCUCGGCAUGUACCACGAGCGGAUCAAUCGAGUCACGAACAGGAACAUCACUCUGUCGCUCGUGGCCAACCCCUCCCACCUGGAAGCUGUGGACCCCGUGGUGCAGGGGAAGACGAAGGCGGAGCAGUUCUACCGCGGGGAUGCCCAGGGCAAGAAGGUCAUGUCCAUCCUGGUCCAUGGGGAUGCUGCCUUUGCUGGCCAGGGUGUGGUCUAUGAGACCUUCCACCUGAGCGAUCUGCCCUCUUACACCACCAAUGGUACUGUACAUGUUGUCGUCAACAACCAGAUUGGCUUCACCACGGACCCCCGGAUGGCCCGCUCCUCUCCAUACCCCACUGAUGUGGCCCGUGUGGUCAAUGCACCCAUCUUCCACGUGAACGCAGACGACCCAGAGGCUGUGAUAUACGUGUGCAGCGUGGCAGCCGAGUGGAGGAACACCUUCAAUAAAGACGUCGUGGUAGACCUGGUCUGUUACCGCCGGCGUGGCCACAACGAGAUGGAUGAACCCAUGUUCACGCAGCCUCUCAUGUAUAAGCAGAUCCACAGACAGGUGCCUGUGCUGAAGAAGUAUGCAGACAAGCUCAUCGCCGAGGGCACAGUCACACUGCAGGAAUUUGAGGAAGAAAUCGCCAAAUAUGAUCGGAUCUGUGAGGAGGCGUAUGGCAGGUCCAAGGAUAAAAAAAUCCUGCAUAUAAAACACUGGCUGGACUCUCCCUGGCCUGGCUUCUUCAACAUGGAUGGGGAGCCCAAGAGCAUGACGUGCCCAGCCACAGGUGUUCCCGAGGACACGUUGACCCACAUUGGUGAAGUGGCCAGCUCUGUGCCCCUGGAGGACUUUAAGAUCCACAUGGGCCUCUCUCGAAUCCUGCGCGGCCGUGCAGACAUGACCAGGAAGAGGACAGUGGACUGGGCGCUGGCAGAGUACAUGGCCUUUGGUUCCCUGCUCAAGGAGGGCAUCCAUGUGCGGCUCAGUGGGCAGGACGUGGAGAGGGGCACGUUCAGUCACCGGCACCAUGUUCUCCAUGAUCAGGAAGUUGACCGGAGGACGUGUGUCCCGAUGAACCACCUGUGGCCUGAUCAGGCCCCCUACACCGUGUGCAACAGUUCCCUCUCGGAGUAUGGAGUCCUGGGUUUCGAGCUGGGCUACGCCAUGGCCAGCCCCAAUGCCCUGGUCCUCUGGGAGGCUCAGUUUGGUGACUUCCACAACACGGCCCAGUGCAUCAUCGACCAGUUCAUCAGCACGGGUCAGGCCAAGUGGGUCCGACACAACGGCAUCGUGCUGCUGCUGCCCCAUGGCAUGGAGGGCAUGGGUCCAGAGCACUCUUCAGCCAGGCCUGAGAGGUUCCUGCAGAUGAGCAAUGAUGACUCAGAUGCCUACCCUGCAUUCACCCAGGACUUUGAGGUGAGACAGCUCUACGACUGCAACUGGAUCGUGGUUAACUGCUCCACGCCGGCCAGUUACUUCCACGUGCUGCGCCGGCAGAUCCUGCUGCCCUUCCGCAAGCCGCUGAUCAUCUUCACACCCAAAUCUCUGCUGAGGCACCCAGAAGCCAAGUCCAGCUUUGACCAAAUGGUAUCUGGAACCAGUUUCCAGCGAGUGAUUCCUGAGGAUGGGCCUGCGGCGCAGGCUCCUGGGCAGGUGCGGCGGCUCAUCUUCUGCACGGGCAAGGUGUACUAUGACCUGGUGAAGGAGCGGAGCAGCCAGGGCCUGGAUGAGCAUGUGGCCAUCACACGCCUGGAGCAGAUCUCUCCGUUUCCUUUCGACCUGAUCAAGCGAGAGGCAGAGAAGUACCCAGGCGUGGAGCUGGUGUGGUGUCAAGAGGAGCACAAGAACAUGGGCUACUACGACUACAUCAGCCCACGCUUCAUGACCAUCCUGGGCCGGGCGCGGCCCAUAUGGUAUGUUGGCCGGGACCCAGCAGCUGCACCAGCCACAGGGAACAGGAACACUCACCUGGUGUCUCUGAAGAAGUUUCUGGAUACUGCCUUCAAUCUCCAGGCCUUUGAGGGCAAAACAUUUUAGAGCCUGUCUGAGUCUUGCUGUGGGGUUGCCUAGGGACAUGGGGGAUGUUAGGUGUUGGCUGGCUCUGCUGCCCAGGAGAGAGACUGUCAGGAGCCCCAAGAUAAAACCUACCCAUAUGGUAAUUGAGGCCGAAAUAUAGGUACCACCAGCUUCGGUAUUAAGCCAUCUUGGGCCUUUGGGUUUAUUUCAGAAUCUCUUAGGGCUGAGAAAGCCGGAGGUGUCUGAUAGAUGGGCUAUAGCUGUGGAGUGUUUCUCCAGCUGCCCUGGUCUCCAGGGUUUUGUGUGGCUUCUCUGUCUGUGUCAUUCACGUCUCUGCAGACAGCCAGCCAGCUACCGAGGAGCCCAUGUCUUUGGUUUCUCUCCAGCCCAGCAGACUUGGCUGUUGCUCACCCUGUCCUUGUUCAUCUGUAGAUUCAAGCACUGUUCUCCCUUGUGCUCUUAGAAAUAGAGAUUUUAGCAAUGACAGCCAGGUGAAGCCAAACCAUGCCAGGUGAUUUAUAUGCGUUCUGUUUUAUGGGGUGUGCCAUAAUGAGGUAUGUCCGCUUCUGUGUGAAAUAUGAUCAUAUUUACCAUGUACCAAAGUAGAAAACCAAAUAACAGAGAAAUUAAAAAAUGCUUAAGAGAGA